GGUCAACUCAGUUUUGACUGUUCGAUAAAAUAAGUGCGCGUGCACCAUUGUGUCCUGACCAGGUGGCCUCACACCAACCUGGACCGUACGAUUCUCAUCGUAUCUUUGACAUUUGAUCGAGAUUUUUUUUAACGACUACUCACGAUAGAAAAAGCGGUUUUAAAUGGAAAUUUGCCUCCAAACAAUCAUCAAACCCGCAUCAUCAUGAAGUCACAAUGCAGGUGGCCACACCCAAAAUAAUUGGAAAACCCCAGAAGAGAAAAUUGGAGGUUCGGUUCAAAAAUCCCAACGUUAAGGAAUUUUACAGGUAAAGCCCUGUAGAUGGCAAUGGCAUCGCAGAUAGGAAUUGUAGGAGCUGGUCAGUUUGUGAGAACCCACAACAUUCCUAGGCUGGCCGCCGAUGUCUCCGACGUUGCCUUUAAAGCCAUUUGCAAUCGCGCAGAGAAGUAUUUUGCAGUAGAGGAAUCUGAGUUGUGGGAGUACAAGGGUGAUACGGAAAUUGUUGAUAACAGUUCAAAACUUGGUCCUCCAAUGGUUUCAGCUAGUAAAACCUCAGUUACCUCCUUGCAGAAAUUUGCAUUGAAUUCGAAGCUCAAAGUGGUUCCUUUACUCGAGUCUUGCAUGUCAUUGAAACAAAUCAAGCAAGCCCAUGCACAUAUGAUCACAACUGGUCUUAUUCUACGCCCUAUCCCAGCGAAUAAGCUCCUCAAACUCCUUGCUUUCUCAAGCUUUGCUUCCCUCUCUUAUGCCCACCGUGUGUUCGAUCAAAUUCCCACUCCUGAUCUCUUCCACUUCAACACCAUGAUCAAAUCUCAUAUACUCUCACCCACUUCUUCUCACGAUGCUCUUAUGCUAUUCCGGUCUAUGAUGAUGCAGGGUUCGAGUAUUUUGCCCAAUCAAUACACGUUUGUGUUUGUUUUGAAGGCAUGUGGGAAUGGAUUAGGAGUUCUUGAGGGAGAACAAGUUAGGGUCCAUGCGAUUAAAGUUGGUUUGGAAGGGAAUUUGUUUGUUACAAAUGCAUUGAUUGGGAUGUAUGCCAAGUGGGGCUCGGUUGAAGACGCUACAAAGGUGUUUGAUUGGAGUACGGAUCGAGAUUUGUAUUCUUGGAAUAUCAUGGUUGGUGGGUAUGUGGGGUUGGGGAAAAUGAACCGUGCUAUGGAAUUAUUCAAUGGAAUGCGAGAGCGAGAUGUUGUAUCGUGGAGUACAAUCAUAGCUGGCUAUGUGCAGGUAGGUUGUUUCAUGGAAGCAUUGGACCUUUUCCACAGGAUGCUGCAAGAAGGUCCAAAACCAAAUCAGUUUACUCUGGUAAGUGCUCUUACAGCUUGUGCAAAUUUAGUUGCACUGGAUCAAGGAAGAUGGAUUCAUGUAUAUAUUGGCAAAAAUAAAAUCACGAUGAAUGAGCGAUUGCUUGCUAGCCUUAUAGACAUGUACGUAAAGUGCGGAGAGAUAGAAUUCGCAUCAAAGGUCUUUAGCAACGAGCAUGGCCUGAAGCAUAAAGUUUGGCCUUGGAAUGCCAUGAUUGGAGGGUUCGCAAUGCAUGGAAAAUCCAAGGAAGCAAUUCAUCUAUUCGAACAAAUGAAAAUUGAAAAGGUUUCUGCUAACAAUGUUACAUUUGUCGCUUUAUUAAAUGCUUGCAGUCAUGGGGAUAUGGUAGAGGAAGGAAGGAAUUAUUUCAAACUAAUGGCAAGUUCUUAUGGAAUUGAGCCGCAGAUAGAGCAUUAUGGUUGUAUGGUUGAUCUACUAGGUCGUGCUGGGCUCUUAAAGGAAGCUGAAGAGACCAUAUCAAGUAUGCCAGUGGCUCCUGAUGCUGCCAUUUGGGGAGCAUUACUCGGUGCUUGUAGAAUCCAUAAGGACAUCGAAAGAGGAGAGCGAAUAGGAAAUAUCGUUAAAGAAUUAGACCCUAACCAUAUUGGUUGUCAGGUUCUAUUGGCUAAUAUGUACUCUGUGUGUGGAAGAUGGAAAGAAGCAAGGAUCAUUAGGGAGAACAUUGAAGUAAGUGGCAGAAAGAAAACUCCAGGUUGCACCUCCAUUGAAUUGAAUGGAAGGUUUCAUCAAUUCCUUGUUGGAGAUAGAUCCCAUCCAGAAACUAAGCAGCUUUAUUUAUUCUUAGAUGAAAUGGCAUCCAAGUUGAAGAUUGCUGGGUAUGUUCCAAGAUUAGGAGAAGUGUUGCUUGAUAUUGACGAGGAGGAAGAUAAGGAGACGGCUCUGUCAGAGCAUAGUGAGAAGUUAGCCAUUGCUUUUGGGUUGAUGAACACGGCACCUGGAACCCCAAUUCGUAUAGUGAAGAAUUUGAGAGUUUGUGGGGAUUGCCACCAAGCUACAAAGUACAUCUCCAAGGUUUAUGACCGAGAGAUCAUUGUCAGGGACAGGAUUAGAUAUCACCAUUUUAAAGGUGAAAACUGUUCUUGUAAAGAUUACUGGUGAAACAUGGAAGUCGCUUCACAUUGGACUAAAAGUGUCUUCAGAUUGCAUCUCUAAUAGACAACGCAACUAUUAGGAGUAAUAGUUUUCUCUUCUGUACUCAGUCACCAGUCCACCAUACCGUGAUGCUAUUUUUCUACCGAAAAGGUAUGGAAAGUUGGAUGGUGCAGAGUCAGAUCGAUCUAUUUAUACUGUGGGAAAGACAUUGGAAGCAAAGCUAGCAUAAGAGAGGAUGAUUAUAAAGCGACAGCUGAUUUAGAAGGCAAAUAAUAAAGAUAGAGACAAUGUACAGAAAAGUUGUCAGAUAUAGAAAGCGGUAUGACACUAAUCACUGACUCGUUACGCGGUUGGAGAUGCACAUAAAUCUGAUUUACAUGGUUACAAUUUGAUUUGUAAAUUGUAAUAGUAUUUGUUUAGAAGGAAAUAUAGUCACUUCGUGCCCACUGAAUUACAAGUUGAAAUUAAAAUGAAACCCAUGUUACCCAUGUCAUUUUGCCUGGUGACCAUCUCAAUUUCGUGUACAAGGUUACAAGGUUUCAAUGCAAGAUUUUUGGCUUAAUUAUUU